AGAUGAGGCACAGGCUUUGGACGGCAGAAGCCGGGGGCCGUCGGUAGAUGGCGGUAACCCAAGAAACCUGAUCCACCGGGUUCUCGGCCACUCUGUCUCAGUUUGCAGCACUCGCGUUGAAGGCAGAGGAGCCGAACAGUUUGAAGGACAUCAAAAGAAACAGGAGAGCUCGCGGCGCGUCCUCUCUCCCCCCCUCUAUCUCUCUCGAGCCGGAGACGGAACGCGUAGUCUCAGAGAGAAAACAGAAGAAAAAAACCCCCCAAAAACAGAAAACGGGAAAACUAAGAGCGCCAUGGAAGACAAAUCGAAUUCGUUCUCCAGCAACAAGGAGGAGAAGGCGGAUGGGAAUAAUGUUUUUCAGAGGCAAGACUCGAUACAGAAAAAUAACACGGGGAGCCAGAACAUGAAGGACCAUGGCAACUCAGUGGGCUUCAAGGGGGAGCGGGAAGAGACCAUGGUUGGUUUUGAUGAUCUGGAGGGGGCGUCCAGGCAAUAUGGUUUUAUGCAGAGGCAAUUUGGGGCCAUGAUGCAGCCCGGAGUCAAUAAGUUCUCCUUGCGUAUGUUCGGCAGCCAGAAAGCUGUGGAGAAAGAGCAAGAAAGGGUUCAGACGGCCGGAUACUGGAUCAUUCAUCCAUAUAGCGAUUUUAGGUUCUACUGGGACUUGAUAAUGCUCAUCAUGAUGAUGGGGAAUCUAAUCAUCAUUCCUGUGGGAAUAACCUUCUUCUCAGAGCAGACUACCACCACCUGGCUGGUCUUCAACGUGGCUUCGGACACCAUCUUCCUGGUGGACCUGGUCAUGAACUUCAGAACGGGGAUCGUCAAUGAGGAGAGCUCAGAGAUCAUCCUAGAUCCCAAAGUCAUCAAGAUGAAUUACCUGAAGAGCUGGUUCGUCGUGGACUUCCUUUCCUCCAUUCCAGUGGAUUAUAUAUUUUUGAUAGUGGAGAAAGGCUUUGACUCAGAGGUAUAUAAAACAGCCCGCGCCCUGCGAAUCGUCCGCUUCACCAAGAUCCUCAGUCUUCUGCGUCUGCUAAGACUGUCCCGACUCAUCAGAUACAUACAUCAGUGGGAGGAGAUUUUCCAUAUGACCUAUGACCUGGCUAGUGCAGUGGUAAGAAUAUUUAAUUUGAUAGGUAUGAUGCUGCUUCUGUGUCACUGGGAUGGCUGUCUGCAGUAUCUGGUGCCUCUGCUCCAAGACUUCCCCCCUGACUGCUGGGUGUCCCUAAACGGUAUGGUUAACGUUUCUUGGGGUAAGCAGUACUCCUAUGCCCUCUUCAAAGCCAUGAGCCACAUGCUGUGCAUCGGUUAUGGUGCCCGGGCACCCGUCAGCAUGUCUGACCUUUGGGUCACCAUGCUGAGUAUGAUUGUAGGAGCCACGUGCUACGCUAUGUUUGUUGGCCAUGCUACAGCUCUAAUCCAAUCACUGGAUUCCUCACGAAGGCAGUACCAAGAGAAGUAUAAGCAAGUGGAGCAAUACAUGUCCUUCCACAAGCUUCCAGCAGACAUGAGACAGAAAAUCCAUGACUACUAUGAGCACCGCUACCAAGGGAAAAUCUUUGAUGAGGAAAACAUCCUGAGUGAACUCAACGACCCACUCAAAGAGGAAAUUGUCAACUUCAACUGCCGCAAGCUUGUGGCCACCAUGCCUCUGUUUGCCAAUGCGGACCCCAACUUUGUGACGGGGAUGCUGAGCAAGUUGAAGUUUGAAGUUUUCCAGCCCAACGAUUACAUUAUCAGGGAAGGCACAGUGGGGAAAAAGAUGUACUUUAUUCAACAUGGCGUUGCAAGUGUCAUCACCAAGUUCAACAAGGAGAUGAAGCUGACUGAUGGAUCCUAUUUUGGAGAGAUCUGUCUGCUCACCAAGGGCAGACGAACGGCGAGUGUGCGUGCAGACACCUAUUGUCGACUCUUCUCCCUCUCUGUUGACCAUUUUAAUGAGGUGCUAGAAGAGUACCCAAUGAUGCGACGCGCUUUUGAAACGGUCGCCAUUGACCGAUUGGACCGCAUUGGGAAGAAGAACUCGUUGCUGCUGCAGAAGUUCCAGAAGGAUCUGAACGCCGGGGUUUUCAACACACAGGAGAACGAGCUGCUGAAGCAGAUUAUCCGUCAGGACAGGGAGAUGGUAAUGAUGGUGGACCGCAAGCAAUCGGUAACCGGGAUGAACUCAACACCAAUGUCAGGAAAUUCCAUUAUUAACUCACCAGCCCAGCCGCCCUUCUCCACUGCUUUUGGCACCACUCAGCUGCAGCAGUCCUCUGUACCCCUGACCUACAGUGCUUCAGCUAUUGCUAAUGCCUCCGCUGCCCGCAUGAUGCCAGCCGCUGCCGUUGCUGCUGCUGCAGCACAGGGGCUUUACCAAACUCAAAGUGGCACCCUAAAUUCGUCACAGACCCCACUACAGCAGCAAGGCACAAUCAUGUCUCCCUGCUCCUUCACAGCUGCCAUGUGUAGCCCGCCUGUGCAGACCCCUUUGGCUAACCGGAGCUUCCAGUAUGGCUCCCCCACAGCCUCCCAGCUGUCCCUUAUCCAGCAACCCAUUGCCCAGCCAUCUCUGUCUACGCAACAGCUUGCUCAGCAGCCUGCUGCGCCAACUGCAGCCACAUCCUCUGCAGCGCAGCAACAACAACAGCAGCAGCAGGCGUCACCUCAGCAGCAGCAGGUCCCUUCACCUCAGCGGGGGGACAUCCACAAGAGCACGCAGGCCCUACAAUCAGGCAGCUUGAGUCGAGACGUCCGACACUUAUCAGCCUCCCAACCAUCACUACCACAUGACACAUCUCUGGGGCCCAGAGUGCAUCCCACCUCAGGAGACUCCCUGGCCUCCAUCGUGCCACCCACAGCAGCGGUGAUCCAGGGAAUGAAUCUACAGAGUGGCAUCCGCACCACUGUGCCCCAGCGGGUCAAUUUAUUCCGCCAGAUGUCGUCAGGAGCCUUGCCUCCCGUGCGCUCAGCUGCAGCAGCGGCAGCUGCAGCAGCAGUGGCAGCAGCGUCCUCAUCCUCAACCCAGCACAGGGAUUCUCCCGGAUCUAGAAGAGAUUCAGUGCUCAGCAGUACAGAAACUGAGCAAGACAAAAUGCGUUUUGCAUCAAAUUUAUGAUCCCAUUUUACCCUCCCUCUCUUUUUUUAAACAGAAAUAUGUUUCAAAUCAUUUUUAAUGGAGCUAGAACAAAAGAGGUCAAAAUGAGGAACUUCGGCAUUGUUUUCUUUCUCUCCAAUUUUCUUCUAAAGUAACCUCAUAGAAAUGCUGUAUAUAUAACCCUUGUAUUAUAUUUUAGACAAUUUUGUCUCCCUAAACUUAAGAAUGUAUAUUAUACAGAUACACAUCCUUUCUUUGAUCAUAUAUAUAUAUACAUAUAUAUAUGUAUAUAUAGAUGUGAAAGCGUGUGUGCACGUGUGUGCACGGGGAUGUGUGUGUUUGUGUGCAUGGGACCAUGUCAAAAAAAACACCAACAACAUUGGCAAUGGCAAUUUAAAUCUGUAGUAUAAACAUGAGUCUUCCUUUCUGAGAAAUGUAAAGAAUUAUAUAUAUAUAGAUAUAUAAAUUACGUUUUUUUAUUUUUCAUUGAAUUUUUUUUUUUUUGUUUUUGCUCUUGAUUUUUUUUAAAAAAACUUGUUUGCAUUGUGGACUCUCACAAUGACUUUUUCAUUUUCUACUAAAAGAAGAGCAAACUUAUCUUCUCCUAUUAAGCAGCUUUAGCAACACUGUGGAAGAAUAAAUGCAAAUAAUGCCGACCAAUAAUCUUAAAAAGCACACGAUCGGUCUCAAACCAUUUUCCUGAAAACUCAUCUAAGAACAAAAUAACAAUACUGUAACUAUCCUGUUGCUGUCUGCGAUGAAAAAUACAGUCUGAUGAACCACUACAUCCCCACAGAGGCGCACACACACACAAACCAUGGCAGUGUUAUGGGUCCAAAGGGAAUAGAUAUUAGAAAUGCUGCUUUCUUUGUUUAUUUUGGAGGAAAAUGAAGUGUGUGCACAGAUAUGGAUGGAUGUUAUUGUUUUCUAUUUCUGAUUUCUGAUGGCUGAGAUGUUACUUAAUGUUGCUUAAAACUUCUGUGUAUAUUUAUAGUAUUUAUAAACUAAAGAUUAUCACCAUUAUGCAAUAGACUGUGACAUAAAAAUUAACUAUAUGUGUCCUGUAAAUAGUUUUGUAGAUCUAGUAUUUACAGAUACUGUGUGGUGCAUUCUCUAUCAUAACAAUGUCUUACUUCUAUCAGGAACCUGGAUAUCAUUUAUGAGAGAUAAACAAACCUUAAUGCAAUAGCUAGCACUACUUGAUUGAAGGACAUUUAUAAAUCUUAUCUUCUCUCUUUCUGUCUCUCUGUAUACUACCCUUAGUCCUAGCGUAGUUUCUGAUUUAACAUCGAGUGGACAUACAGUAUACAGUAUUUACCUACAAUACACAACUUCAUUUCAGUGUCAUCCUAUUAAAAGCAAAUGCUUCUUUUCUAUAACGUUACUUCAAAGUACUGCCAGGGAUCAUUUACCACACAACUGGUAUGAACAUGUAUGGCUUUCUCUUUCCUUUUUUACCCAUUAUAUUUCCUUUUCUUUUAUAUAUAAACCACAAUUUAGAUUUUGAGCUAACCAGCUCCUGGUGUAAAUCUGUACUGUACUGCUGUCAUAUCACAAUUACUGUAGUUGAAGCACAACAUUUCUAGUACAUAUGUUUUAGUUUCAAGACAUCAGGUAUUCAGUCACUCAGUUGUGCAGGAGGACAUUUACACUGAGAGCUGUUUAUAAACCGCUGUUAGUGACAGAAAAAACGAAAUGCUGGUUUGCAUUAAGGUUUCUGUCUCAUGUAAAUCCAUUAUGUGGGCUUAGCUACUCUAAACUGACCAGGACUUUGAGGCAUGGACGCAAGGUCGAGCGAGCAAUAUUUUAAUAUCUGUCAAAGGGAAUAUUUUGAAUAUUUAAAUCUACACGAAAUCUCAGGACGACCAGUCGUUUUCCUGCUUAUAGAAGACGGCCGUGCUUAUGCGGUCUUCUUGAUCAAACGUCUCGGCCGUGCAGAAUUUCUAGUCAGAGUCAGAGUCACCAUGGCACCCGUGUCCCAUCAGGUUAAAGUGACUAAGCCCUCACAGCAACCAUUUUAAAAGAUGGCUCUUCACUACAGGUUGUGUCGAUAGUGUACCAAUACAGUCAACCCCAUCACGAAAGCAUGCGCUGUCACAAAUACUUAAAAAGAUACUAUCUCAAAAAUGUUGACGUUAAAUGUAAUGUUAGAUUAUGUUUUUGUUCAUUGUCUGUCUGCCUAGAUGUUAUCUGUGUGUGAACAGAAGCAUUGACUUUUCACAUGGACAUUCUAAAGUAUUUGUGCCUAAACUAUAGCCAUGUUCCAUCCUUUGUUAUGAGUGUGAGCUUGGUGCAUA